AUGGAAGCAGCCCGCGGUCUCAUACUCGUCGACGGCGAGUGGGUUUCCAGACCUCUCGACCCUUAUCACAUCAUGGCCAGCGCUCGGCAAGAUGACACUGAGAUGCGGGAUGCGGUCCCCAAGACAACUACCCAGGUACCAGAAUACGGCAUAUUGUCACAAACCGUCAUCUCGACGCCAUUGAACAAACUCAUCCUUCCGGCGAACAUACGUCACAAGGACCUGACCGACAUUGUAAUGGUUGGAGAAGAUGCUAUACAUAUAAAAGAGAUUUGUGAUUACGGCCAUGUUCGUCAUGUUGCUUCCAAAACUGACUUUAGUGGCGGUCAUAUCCUCGCUGCCAAGGUGUUUGGUGAUCCUCGCGAAAUUCCCAAGAGCAAAGGUGCUGGUUUCCCCAUGUCCAAAGAUCACAUGAAGAUGAGACCAAGAAAAUUAAUCACAGGGGAAGAAGAGAAUCUUCUGCCUCCAGAAGUCGUUGUACUCACCCUCACCAACCGAACACUGAUGUUUCUCUGGGCUCGGCAGAUGCACACGGCAGCUGCUAGAUUUUGCCACAAGACCCUCAGACUACCUGCGGGAAGUACACGCUUAGAUCGUCUCGGUAGUUUUCUCGCCAUAGACCCCAAAUUUCGAGCAAUAGCCGUGGCAGCACAUGAAGGCCGUUUCAUUCUAUACAAAACCAAAUCUAUGGAGAGAUGGAGGGGAGAAUCAAAAGCCAACAACGACAUCACUACACCCAUUGAAGAUGAACGAAUCAUUUCCCUCGAGGGACAGAUCAUGCACAUGGACUUCUUGUCAUCCGGGGCACAGGACGAGUUUCACGUUGUACUUCUCUUCGUUGUGGUCGUCGAUGGAAAAACCAAGCUUACGUGCUUUGACUGGGACUGCAGGCAAGAUUUGAGCAAGGUCACUGCACGCACAGAGAGACAUCUUGUUCAAGAUGAGGACAUGAUGCCUUCGCUACUCAUUCCACUACGUCGUAGUCCCGAUUUCCUCCUAGUUUCCAAUGAUCACAUCUCGGUUUACAAAAACAUUCUCUCGGGCUAUACAGCACGUACCUUGGUACCGAUCGACGAGAAUAUACUCUGCCCACUUCUGCCUGGCGACAGCAAAACCUUGCCACGGUGGACAGCAUGGGAUGAAGCGCCACGCAAUCCUGAAUAUCAGAAGGAAGCCUUCUACAUUGCCAGGGAAGACGGGCGUAUAAUUAUGGACAAUUCCGAAGCAUCACAGCAGUACCCCGAUAUCUUGGUAGCUGGAGGUGCCGGUAACGAUGGUCUCCUUUGUAAAGUUGGUUCCUGGCCCGCAGAGUAUUCACAUACAGUGCAAUACCCUGGGACGAACCAGUUUUCUUACGUUGAAUCAAUACCAAACUGGACACCUCUUACAGACCUUGCAGUUACCCAACUAUCCAGUCCUCGCGCAUCAGAUGAACGCCAAAGAUCUUCCAUCUUCGUCGCCAACGGCAAUAGCCCGCACGGCGAGAUUUCCGAGCUCCGACAUGGUGUACAGGCCGUCGUAGAUGAUAGUUUCAGUGGAAUCAACGGCUGUGCUGGCAUAUGGGUGGUUGAUCAUGGAAGUCAUAUGGUGGACAUUGAAGGCACGAUGAAGAGACAACACUACGCCAUAUUUGUUAUAACACUGCCCCCCGAGACACUUGUCAUACGUGUUGUCCGCACCCAACCCGAAAGCCGUGCCGAGUUCUCCGGGGCAUGGGAGCAGGGUUCGUGGGACAAGUUCCAGACGCCUAGCGAGGAUGAUCCGCUUGAGGACGAUGUGAUGCGAGACGAAGAAACCAUCUCCGCAUGUACCUGGUCAGAUCGAAUAUCGAUUCAAAUAACCAGUAAAGAGGCCCGUACACUUGUGCGACCUACCUUACGACUGGCUCAUUCAUUAGAAUUUGAUACUUCCUUGUUACUAGCUGCCUCUCGGAUAGGAUGUCCUUUCGUCGCUAUUGCUUUCAGAGAAGGGGGUGUUACGUUCCUUGAGGUCAUCCCUAUAUCCACAACCGGUGCCUUUGAGAAGGCCAACAGCUUCCGACACAAACUCGCGUACGACCCCACGUGUAUAGAAAUUCUGGGGAUUGGUGGCUUCCAGUACGUGUUCGUCAGCACGUUCGACUCGAAAAUCUUGCUCUUCAAGCACUACCGUGGUGAAACCAGUCGGAUAACAGAGUUAAACGAGGACGCAUGGCACAUCAACUCUGGCAAUUCACAAAAGUUGUGUGAAAGCGCUGCAGUCUUGAGCUGUAAAGGGCGACAUGUAUUGGUCUGUGGCAUGCGCGACGGUUUUCUGUGGAGCUCUAAUCUUGAAGUGGGAGAAGAUGGGCUGACAUCUUUAUCUUCCUGGACGGCCAUCCAAAUGGGUGCUACGUCGGCCAAGGUAACCCGAAGUGAAACCGACGCUUCCGCAGCAUUUGUCUCGUGUGGUUCAGACUUCUGUAGAGUGCGCUGCUCCGCAGCUGAGUCGUCGGACAUCCAGCUUGACUCCAUUUGGUUCACCGACCGUGCUCAUCCUGAGUACAAUCAAUCUCCGGUCUCGGCAAUGUAUCAGCUUCCCUUCUUGCAGAACUCGGAUGUUGUUGGACAGAAUCUCGGUGGCUUUCUGUUCGCAGUUGCUGGAGAUAGGCUUCUCUUCUCGCAACUUGAUUCUGAUGUCAAAUGGCCAACCUCGGACGUACCUCCUCCAGUUCCGUAUGACGCGAGAGCGGUUCCACGAAAGCUUGUGACCGGUGCCAAACCUACCAACAUUCUAUACAUGCAGAAGUUGCGACGAGUUUUGGUGUCUACGAUGGAAGCAAAAGAAAAGCAUGCUCCACCACAUGGCGAGCGAGUCUUGGAAUCUUCGAUCAAGCUACUGCGGGUACGCGAUGACAGACCUCAGCACGACACAGACAUCAAGCAAGAGGAAGAGGUUCCCGCAGAAAGACUUGUUGUAGCCCAAUGCUCUUUACUGAAUGCCGAGAGAGUGUACUCUAUGGUUGAAUGGCAGUUCGUUAACGAAGAAGGCAAAAGAUACUCUUUCAUCAUUGUUGGCACGGGGAUACAGAUAAGCUCAACAAGUCAAAGUGGAAGGAGGUUGAUCUUCAACACUGGAAAACAUGGCUCCAAAUUGGAGCAGCAAAAGGCUUCCACAUACUCCGAUCCCAUCUACAGCAUCGCUUUAUGGGACAACCAAACAAUAAUCAGCAUUAUCGGCAAAACUCUGUCCAUUGACCGAUUCAGCGAGCCAGACGGCAGAUGGUAUCAACGCGGUAAAUUGGAUCUGCCAUCGCCAGGUGUUCACGUAUCUGUUAAUCGACCAUUCAUAUACGUCUCGACGCUGAAGCAUUCGCAUCUGUGUUACAGAGUGAGCGAAACAACACGCCCGGGAUAUUUUGACCUAGCCCUGGAAUUUUCGGACAGUGCUGCGCGAAGUUGUGCGCGCCAUCUAGUCAUGGAAGUGCCAAAUGCAAACGUAGCCCUCGAUAACAACCGAUUUGUGCUACUCACCGACAAGAACAGCGGCUCCAUAACAGGCCUCUACCAACCACCAGCACUCGCAUAUAGCAACGCAUCCGCCACUUUAUUCGAAGCGUGUCUACCUCGCUCGGUAGUCCGUCUAGAUCGCGGCGACAUCCGUCCACCAUGGCGACGCCCUAACCCUAACGGUAAGGUGAUUGGUGUCCUCGCUGAUGAUAUCAUCGGCGCCUGUACCGACGGCACGAUUUUCGCCCUUGCUAUUCUAUCACAACCAGCUCGCCAUCUCCUCCGCCUUCUCCAAAAUCUUAUCGAAGUGAAAGCCACCCGCUCCGGCGCCCAUCAGCACGCCACCGUCAAGCCUCGCAGUGGUGAUAUCUUCAAAGUGCUCAUGAACAACACCCCUGGUAACCAACAUGGCGGCAUUCUCAUCAGAGACGUGGAUCCAAGGCAUUUAGAGCAGAACUCGCAGCGUGGCCAGAGACACAAACAUAUCGACGGAGAUCUGUUGAAGAGGUGGCUGGACGAGGGUGGUGAUGUAGAGGGUCUGGUGUGGGACGACGCGGAUGCGGAAAUUGGAGCGCUAUUCAAGGAUUUGGCGCUUGAUGUUGAGGGUACUUGGGGUGUGAGGAGUGCUGGUAAGGGUAAAGAUAGGCAGGAGAACAGACAGAUGUAUGGGUUUGUGAGGAGGUGGAUGAAGGAUGUGCUUAUGCCUGUACUCUGA